UUUACAUCACAAUCUAUCAAAAAUUGAUCCAAAAAAGUACCGUAAAAAGCUAAAAUUUUGUAAAAAUAGAAAUGGCAAUAUUAAACUGAUGUUGUUGAUCUCCCUCAGUCUCACAUGCCUUUGGAUUUGUGUAUUAACAAAAUCAACUUUGCAAUUGCCGGGAAAUUCCCGUAAUUACAACAAAAAGAGUCGCAUAAACAAAGGCGCAAAGCGAAACGGAACAACAAUAACAACAACAGCAACAGCGAUCCGUACUUAAGGCAGAGCAGCAGCACAAGUGCAAAAGUUUAUGUGAACUUGUUUCCUCAAUACGAAAACUAAACCGAAGCAAAAACAAUGACCGCUUAUUGUUAUUGAUAGCGGUAUGUAACAGUGUGACCGGCGCUGCGGAGAUGCAAUUAACUGAACGGAUCGGCAGAAAUGUACUAAAAUAUUCCUCAAAUAUACCGAAAUGCGGCCUUUCGAUUGGUAUUUUACUAUUGUGGUAUUUUAUUAAUAUGGCGUAUCUGAUAGUGUUGUACAACGAUCUAAUUAGAGUAGUGCUCAGGGAAACCCUAGAAUGAAGACCACUCCCAAGAAAAAAGAGUUGUCCCUCCGCCUGCGGGAGUCGCGGCGCGACGAGCAGAAGCCGGAUAUCAGCCAGCAGCCCCAUCUGGAUGACGACGUAGAGUCGGACCUGCCCAUACGAGGACGUCCCUCGAAGAAGCUGCUUCUCCAACAGCAACAGCAGCGUCGCCAGUACCAGGUGAAGCUGGAGCCGGACAUAAAAACGGUCGCUGCCGCAUCUACAUCUGGUGCCAGCACCUCUGGGGCUCGCAUGAAGGCCCGACGCUCACUUUACAAAAAGUCUAUGAACAACGCUGGCGCCUCGCAAAAGGGUGGAGGCGAAUCCUAUAUAAUGCGGCUGUUCGAGCGCAGCCUGGACCUCUCCACGUACAAGGAUAACACGCCACUUUAUCCGAUUUGCCGAGCCUGGAUGGCAAACCAGCCGCGUAACCCCGCCGUGGCCGCCUAUAACACUGACGGCUCUCUGCAGAUUCCAAAGCGCGAGGACAAUGCUGAGGAGAUCCUUGCAGGACUGCGCAGUGGGAAGAUAAAGGUGCUCACUCAUUUGCCAGCGCCAAGAUCCACAAAACUUCCCAUCAUUCCGCCGCGAUUAGAGUUCGGCAGAGAGGACAAGCGCCUCCAGAACGCCAGCCGUUCCGACCUGCUGGCUGCCAAUAUGGUGCGGUGGAAGAAGGUUCGGUCCCACUGGCUGAAGCAUGACAAGAAGUACCAGCAAGAGCGGUAUGGCAUUAUUGACCAGAUAAUGGCGGAGGUCUGCAAGCACCCCACAGCGUAGGAUCUGAUUGGGUAUGCAAGGAAGAGAAGAUGACACUGUACUGUAAAAGUCUUGAAUAAUUGUGUAAUUAUUUUAUAUGCCUUAAAUAAGUUAAUUGAAAAGUCGA